CGGCCCUCGCGUGCCAGGCCUCCAGGAAGGGUUUAGGGGUAGAGGGGAGGUGGGUGCGGCAUCCCUGGGCGGGUCAAGCCUCUGCAGGGUGUCGCUGCCCUGCCCUCUGGGUCCCGGGGCGGGGAGGCCACACAAUGGCAGGAAGCCGGGCCGGCUUUGGGCUUUGUCCGGCACGGCACAGACCUCAGCUUCCUCCAGCCACCAUGGGGACCGGGCCUGGCGUCUCUGCGCGGCCAGCGGCCUCCAGGCCAGACCCUGGGCCACUCUCCCUGGACUCGGAGCCCCGCAGGGCACAGGGCAGUAGAGUGCAGGUAUGCCAUCAUGCUGACUGCCAGCAGCUGCACUGCCGGGGACCCCUCAACCUCUGUGAGGCCUGUGACAGCAAGUUCCGCAGCACCGUCCAUUAUGACGGCCAUGUCCGCUUCGACCUGGCCCCUCAAGGGUCUGUCCUGGCUCGGAAUGUGUCCACCCGCUCGUGCCCGCCUCGCACCAGCCCUGCCCUGGACCUGGAGGAAGAGGAGGAGAGCAUGGCAGAUGGCAGAGGGGACCGGAAGACCACGGGCCUGAAGCUGUCCAAGAAGAAGGCGAGGAGGAGGCACACAGAUGACCCGAGCAAGGAGUGCUUCACCUUGAAAUUUGACCUCAACGUGGACAUUGAGACGGAGAUCGUCCCGGCCAUGAAGAAGAAGUCACUGGGGGAGGUGCUGCUUCCUGUGUUUGAAAGGAAGGGCAUCGCCCUGAGCAAAGUGGACAUCUACCUGGACCAGUCCAACACGCCGCUGUCCCUCACCUUUGAGGCCUACAGGUUCGGGGGACACUACCUGAGGGUCAAAGCCAAGCCGGGGGACGAGGGCAAGGUGGAACAGGGCGUGAAGGACUCCAAGUCCCUGAGCCUGCCCAUCCUGCGGCCAGUGACCGGGGCGGGACCCCCCGCGCUGGAGCGUGUGGACCCCCAGAACCGCCGGGAGAGCCUUGAUGUUCUGGCCCCUGGACGCCGGCGUAAGAACAUGUCAGAGUUCCUGGGGGAGGCCAGCGUCCCAGGGCAGGAGCCCCCCACGCCCUCCAGCAGCUCUCUGCCCACUUCCGGUGGCCCAAGCAGCGGGGGUGGCGACAGCUGGAAGAACCGGGCGGCCAGUCGCUUCAGCGGCUUCUUCAGCUCCAGCCCCAGCGCCAGCGCCCCCGGCCGGGAGGUGGACAAGAUGGAGCAGCUGGAAGCCAAGCUGCACGCCUACAGCCUCUUCGGGCUGCCCCGGCCGCCCCGGCAGCUGCGCUUUGACCAUGACUCCUGGGAGGAGGAGGAGGAAGAUGAGGAGGACGAGGAGGAGGACCGUGCCUGCCCGCGGCUGGAGGACAGCUGGCGGGAGCUCAUCGACGGCCACGAGAAGCUGACCCGGCGGCAGUGUCACCAGCAGGAGGCCGUGUGGGAGCUCCUGCACACCGAGGCCUCCUACAUCCGGAAACUGCACGUGAUCACCAACCUGUUCCUUUGCUGCCUUCUGAACUUACAAGAAUCCGGGCUACUGUGUGAGGUGGAGGUGGAGCGGCUGUUCAGCAACAUCCCCGAGAUCGCGCGCCUGCACCGCGCGCUGUGGGGCACCGUGAUGGCGCCGGUGCUGGACAAGGCGCGGCGCGCGCGGACCCUGCUGCGGCCCGGGGACUUUCUCAAAGGCUUCAAGACGUUCGGAUCCCUCUUCAAGCCUUACAUCCGCUACUGCAUGGAGGAGGAGGGUUGCAUGGAGUACAUGCGCGGCCUGCUGCGUGACAACGACCUGUUCCGCGCGUACGUCACGUGGGCCGAGAAGCACCAGCAGUGUCAAAGACUGAAGCUGAGCGACAUGCUGGCCAAGCCCCACCAGCGCCUCACCAAGUAUCCGCUGCUGCUCAAGUCGGUGCUGAGGAAGACUGACGAGCCGCGGGCCAGGGAGGCCGUCGUCACCAUGCCCCCUCGCGGUCCGCAGAUCAGCUCGGUGGAGCGCUUCAUCCACCAAGUGAAUGCGUGCAUGAGGCAGCGGCAGGAGCGGCGGCGGCUGGCUGCCGUGGCCAGCCGCAUCGACGCCUACGAGGUGGUAGAGGGCAGCAACGACGAGGUGGACAAGCUCCUGAAGGAGUUUCUGCACCUGGACCUCGCGGCGCCCAUGCCCGGAGCCUCACCCGAGGAGACCCGGCAGCUGCUGCUGGAGGGCAGCCUGAAGAUGAAGGAGGGGAAGGACAGCAAGAUGGAUGUGUACUGCUUCCUCUUCACCGAUUUGCUGCUGGUGACCAAGGCGGUAAAGAAGGCUGAGAGGACCAAAGUCAUCAGGCCACCGCUGCUCUUGGACAGGAUCGUGUGCCGGGAACUCCGGGACCCUGGCUCCUUCCUUCUCAUCCACCUGAACGAGUUCCACAGUGCUGUGGGUGCCUACACAUUCCAGGCCAGUGGCCAGGCCUUAUGCCGUGGUUGGGUGGAUGCCAUUUACAAUGCCCAGAACCAGCUGCAGCAGCUGCGUGCUCAGGAGCAGUCAGGCAGCCAGCAGCAGCUGCAGAGCCUGGAGGAGGAGGAAGAUGAGCAGGAAGAGGAAGAGGAGGAAGACGAGGAGAGUAGCACUUCGGUGGCCAGCUCCCCCACCGUUCUGCACAACAGCAGCCGCAGCCUGAACUCCCAGCGCUGUGCUUCUGAUGGCUCUACCGAGACCCUGGCUGUGGUUGUGGUCCAGCCAGGGGAGAUGCUGUCCUCCCCCGAAUUUGACAGUGGCCCCUUCAGCUCCCAGUCGGAUGAAACCUCUCUGGGUACCACAGCCUCCUCCAUCACGCCCACCAGCGAGCUGCUGCCCCUGGGCCCAGUGGAUGGCCGCUCCUGCUCCAUGGACUCAGCCUAUGGCACCCUGUCCCCCUCCUCCCUGCAGGACUUUGUAGCCCCAGCCCCAGUAGCAGAGUUGACACCCCAGCCCCUAGAGCCAUCACGCACCCCUUCCCCUCCACCCUCACCCCGCCUCCGCCGACGGACACCAGUCCAGCUUCUGCCUCGCCCACCCCACCUGCUCAAGUCCAAAUCUGAAGCCAACCUCCUGCAGCUGCUGUCUGGGGCUGCCCCCCACGCAGCACCCCCAGCUCCCAGCCGAAGCCUGUCUGAGCUCUGCCUGGCUGCUGCCACCCCUAGCACUAGGACUCAGGGCUCCCCACAGGGAGUGGGGCCUGGCUGGAACUAUCAGGGACUAUCUAGCCUGGGCUGUGGCCCUAAGCCAUCGGAGCUGGAGGGCAGAGCCAGCUGCCAGGCUGGGGAGCCUGUGGGCCCCACCAGGAGGAGGUGCAGGGAGCUGCCCCUGGGGGUGUCACCCCAGGCCCAGCCUGAGCCCCCUCCAGGGCUCUCAGCUCAGCAUAGGAAGCUGACCCUGGCCCAGCUCUAUCGAAUCAGGACCACCCUGCUGCUCAACUCCACGCUGACUGCCUCGGAAGUCUGAGCAGAGGGAGCCCCUACCAAGGGUGCCGCUGACCAAGGGACAGCAGAUACAUGCCUCCUGGGAGUGUGGCCCCUGCUUCUGCUGAGCCAGAGUGCUGGGCGGGACCCCUGCCCACCACCCUGGCUGAUUUGCACUUGCCGGACUCGAUGGAGUGGAGGACAGCUUGGUGGAGCCCCUGACCCAGGCUACAGGAUGCCCCUGCCUGCCCAGAGGGUCCGGUGUUCCCUGUUCCUGAGGUUACCAGCUUUGGCCCUCUGGACUGGGCUCCCAAGAUGCUGGUCCCACUGCCACCUUCAUCUGGCCUCAAAGGGACCAGCCCCUGUCCCUAGCACCCACCCUCCCAGUCCUGCUGGCCGCCCCAGGCUCAGGUUGCCGCUGUGUAAAGCUGAGUAUUUAUUGAGCAAUGGUUCUUUCAUAAAGACUUGUAUAUAUUC